AGAGAUAAGGGGACAAUAACAAACAGAGCAUUGCAUGAACACAACUCGGUUUUUAUCCGAAUGGAUUUAUAUUUACAUUUAACCAACAUACUGAGCUGUACUUGUAUCCGCCUCACAUGUUUUUCAUGUCGUGUAUUGUAACGUUAGGUAGCUAGAGCAACCGGAGUGAAGUUAACGUUAGCUAGCUAACCCGGUAAGCUUAUUUGAACGUUUUUGUUUUUAGCAGCCGACUGUCAUGUCGUUAUUUAGCGUACAAGCGAGGAAGCACACAGCUUAUUAUGACCAUUUAAUGUCAACAAGCAGGACACCGGGCAGAGACCGUCUGGAUGAGCGAAAAGUGACGAACACAACGAUAACAUUAAGCACAAAUGAGAUAACAUCCGGAGACUCUGCGUGUGAAGACAGCCGGUCAUCUGACAAAAGCCGACAGGUAAACAGGACUUAUGUCGUCUCUGCGCUGUCAAAAAGCAGCAGCGGGCAGCAGACUCCUUACCGUGGCCGACUAACUCUACAGAGGAGGUCGAGAAGGAAGACCGGGUCUGAAACAGCGGAGAAAACGUUGGUUGAAAGCAGCCAGAAUACGACACCGGUCCCGGAGAAGAGACUGACCCUGCAGCGCAGGACCAGGACUCCCUCAAUGGGUAAAAGCGCACACGGGCAGCGUGGGGUGAGCGGCACUGGUCUGCAGUCAACUCCAAAAGUUCUCAGUGAGCCAAACGGUAGGGCAGCUGGUGUAUUCAGGUCUACGAGUUUAAGAGAAACUGCCUGUAAAAGCAAAGGAAGAGAAGCUGCUGCUCCUCAUGUAGAAACCCAGGGGAGGCCGGCGCACGGCAAGACGCCCUCCAAAUAUCCUUCCACAAGUAGGCAGCUAGAGGACCAGGCCCACACCUUUAAAACACCUACUAAAAAGACCCCGUUUGGGAAAAUCGCCGCCAGGAGAGACGCGUUCGAGAGACUGGCAGGGAAAGAUGCUCUUAAACUAGUGGCAGUCAAGUCUGCAAGUCUAGAGAGGCCCAAAUCCCGAGCACAGCAAGCGGCAGGCACACAACCUGUCCCAGCUCCUCGGGUCAGCAAGGCGUCCGCAGGUGUGCACAAGCCUAAUGCAGCGCUGCAGGUGAGAAAGACAUCCACCUCAAGCCAAAUGGGAGACGUGACCCUGGCAAGGACCUCCAUUCUUCCUGCUCCACCUACCGAACAGCUCCUGUCCCGUACCAGCGAGGCUCUGAAGCAGCAGGAUUCUUUAAAGAUGGAAAACAGUGCAGUGACUGUUGCAGUCCGUGUACGCCCUUUCAAUGCCAGGGAGAAGGCAGAGAAGGCGUUGCAGGUCAUCUUCAUGAACGGUCAGGAGACAGCUGUCCAGCAUCCGGGCUCCAAACAGAGCUACUCCUUCAUCUAUGACUUCUCUUUCUGCUCGGUGGAUGAGUUUGACCCCACCUUCGCCAGCCAGCAAACGGUGUACGAGACACUGGCCAGGCCUCUGCUACUGAGGGCCUUCGAAGGAUUCAACACUUGCCUGUUUGCUUACGGCCAAACAGGCUCUGGGAAGUCGUACACGAUGAUGGGCUUUGGAGAAGAAGAAGGGGUAAUCCCACGAUUCUGCCAGGAGCUUUUUUCUAGAUUAACAUCCAUGGAAAAUGAAGAGGUCAAAUGUCAUGUGGAGAUGAGCUAUUUUGAAGUGUACAAUGAAAAGAUCCACGACCUGCUGGUGACCAGAGAGGAGCCAAACCAGAGAAGGAUGCCUCUGAGGGUGAGGGAACAUCCAGUCCAUGGUCCCUACGUGGCCGACCUCUCUGCGAACAUUGUGAGCGCCUACAAUGACAUUCAGGGUUGGCUUGAGCUGGGCAACAAGCAGAGAGCCACCGCAGCUACGGGAAUGAAUGACAAGAGCUCCAGGUCUCACUCCGUCUUCACCUUGGUUAUGACCCAGACUCAGACUGAGUUUGUGGAGGGCGAGGAACACGACCACAGUAUCUCCAGCAAGAUCAACCUGGUGGACCUGGCGGGCAGCGAACGCUGUAACUCAGCCCAGACAAGUGGAGACCGACUCAGGGAGGGUGCUAGCAUCAACAAAUCCCUGCUUACCCUUGGAAAGGUCAUCUCUGCCCUGUCGGAGCAGGCACUGACCAGGAAGAAGGUGUUCACGCCGUACAGAGAGUCUGUGCUGACAUGGCUGUUGAAAGAGAGCCUCGGCGGUAACUCCAAGACGGCCAUGAUCGCCACCCUGAGCCCAGCCGGCAGCAAUGUGGAGGAAACCCUUAGCACUCUGCGCUACGCCCAGCAGGCCCGCACCAUCAUCAACGUGGCAAAAGUCAAUGAGGACACCAGUGCAAAGCUCAUCAGAGAGUUAAAGGCGGAGGUGGAGAAGCUGCGAGCGGCUCAGAUGAGCUCCCAGGGCGUCGAACCAGACAGGGUCAGGCUGUUCCAGCAGGAGAUCGUCGGCCUGAGGAACAAACUCUGUCAGCAGGAGAGAGAAAUGGUCGAGGCCAACCGGGCAUGGAGAGAGAAACUGGACCAAGCUGAAAUCCGCAAACGCGAAGAGACCAAAGAGCUGCAGAAAGCAGGUGUGACGUUCAAAGUGGACAAUCGUCUUCCCAACCUGGUGAAUCUCAACGAGGAUCCUCAGCUGUCAGAUUUGCUUCUCUACAUGAUCAAAGAGGGUCGAACCACAGUGGGCAAGCUCAAGUCAGAGGCCAGGCACGACAUCCAGCUGAACGGAGCCCUCAUCGCUGACCAACACUGUGUUAUAACCAACUUCCAGGGCACUGUCGGCAUCACUCCAAUGGAAAACGGCAAGACCUUUGUUAAUGGAAACCUCAUAUGUGACUCCACUGUCCUACACCAUGGCGAUAGGGUGAUUCUCGGUGGAGACCACUACUUCCGCUUCAACCAUCCGGCCGAGGUGCAGUCUGGGAUGCGGGUGUCAUGCUGGACAGGCGUAGGCGAUGGCCGCAAAGACUUUGAAUUCGCCAAAAAUGAGCUACUCGCAGCUCAAAGAGCUCAGCUGGAGGCAGAAAUUGAAGAAGCCCAUUUGAAGGCAAAGGAGGAGAUGAUGCAGGGAAUCCAGAUGGCAAAGGAGGUGGCCCAGAAAGAGCUAUUUGACCAGAAGGCGCUUUAUGAGGACAGGAUUCGAACCCUGGAGAGAGAGCUGAACGAGGAGACUGAGCAGAAGCGUCAGCAGGAGUUGGACCAGCAGAGGGUGGCCAGCCAGAUGGCAAAGCUGAAAAUGGCCAAGCAGGAGCUGGAGCAGGAGGUGGACACCCACAAGAAACGCGUCCGCCUGCACAUGGAGGCUCAGGCAAUGGAGGAUCACCGCGUGUGUCAAGCGAAGAUCGUUGACGCCCUGGAGGCGGAGAAGAGAAAGAUCGGCAAAGAGCUCGAGGAGAUGCAGAAGAAAAGAGCCUUAAGGGAAAACCUCACGCUCCGAAACGUGUCUCCACAGUGGGAUGCCAUGAAGUUGUCCCUGAUGAUUGAGGAAGCCAAUAAGAUCAGUGCUAAACUGAAGAAAAACACAGUCUUCAGCAGACACGAAAGCUCUGAAGAGGAACACCUGAAGCAGGGCGGUCUGCUACAGGUGCGGGUUCAAAAGAAGAAGCUGGGCAUCUCUACUUUCUGGAGCCUGGACAAAUUCCAAAACAACAUUGCUGCCAUGAGGGAACUCGAUCAGGGGGAUUCCACCUCUAAAGAUGACGAUGUGUUUUAUGACCCCAAUGAUGAGUGGGAGCAAGAUAUAUCGGCCUCCUCUGCUUCCACCUCCUCCUUCUCACGCCGAAGGAGCAGGAGCUUGUUGAAAAGCAGGAGAAUCUCGGGGCGUCUCUACGAGAUCAGGGUCCAUCCGAUUCAGAGCCUCCACAACAGCUCCUCACAGUCUGCUGGGUUGAUGGGUGUGGCCAAACCGCCCUCCACUCAUUUCACCAGCACAGACUCUGCCAUGCCGGGCAUCUGCAAGGAGCUGAUUGGCCAGUCAGUGGCUCGUCUGCGUGGUUGUAGUGGGACAGAAGAAAGCCUGGCAGACAGGUUGGCCACUGAUCUGCAUUUGAUGUAUGUGGCGGUCCAAACCUUAUCUGACCUCUACGACAGCCUGGAUGAGGACAGCCAGGAGAACGUGUUUGUGUGUAAUGUGGUGGCCCAGACUCAGCUGGUGAAGGCCACCACAGCUGUGGAGAGUGCCGUGUUUGUUACGAUGCAGUGGCUGGCCAGCGUUAAACCCUCCUCCGGCCGGCUCUACACCAUCGCUGAGGAACUCAAGAGCCACGUUAAAAAGAUGGCAGGAUUCUUCCAGCUCCUCGUUCAGGGUUGUGAAUCUGAGAUCACAUCAAUGGUGACGGAGGCACGGAGGAAGAGCAGCCAGUGCCUGGAUGCAGCAUUGCUUGUACUUGGCCACCUGGCGGCGGUGACGGGCAUGCCGCUGAACGUUAUGGAGCGGGGUGCCCAGGCCACAGGCAAGCAAUCUGUUGUCGUGUGUCUGCUGAAGGGGACCGAUAAGGGCGUCCACUCUCUCUUAGAGGAGAGUUUCACCAUCACCAGAGAAAUGCUGAGAGAGGCUCAGCUGUCCUACCCCAGGAACCCAGUCCUGCAGAGCCUGAAGUCCAAGACGCUUGACUUAGCCUGUGCUCUGCAGAACUACAUGCAUUGCCAUAUCACGGAGAGGGAGACUGACCCGGAGGAGGAGGGGGAGGAGGAGGAGGCCUCGGCUUCCAAUUUGCAGACACUGAGGUCUACAGCGGCCAAGCUGUUCCAGCUGAACCACGCCAUCAGACAGCUGCAUUCCUGUCUGUCUACUGCCCUGCGAGGUAAAGACAGAGACUCCAACCUCAGCAGCAGCAGCAGAGAGUUGAUCUCCUCCUCUGCCAAAGCUGUUGAUGAGCUGAUCACUGGGCUGUCCAAGGAGGGAGCAUUGAAGCGUCCCUUACUUCAGAGCGUCAUGGCCGCCCGAGACAAUCUCCACUCCGCCCUGCUGUCCCUGUCCUCCUCCUGCGACCAACAGGGGGCAGGGGAGAGCAGGAGCUUUUCCGUUUCAGAUAAGAGCGCAGAAGAUGAACUCUCGAUUAAAGAGACUCACAGUGCCGUUAGAAAUCGAGUCGUGAGUAAGACGGUGUACUUCCUUCCUCCAGGUGUGUUGUCCAAAGACAGCCUACACUGGGUGUGAAGUGCAUUUAUAGUACGUGUUAUUCUUUAUGGUGUGCUCGCAUCAUGUACGAUUUACUGUAAAAAAAAAAAAAAGAACUGCUGAUACAGAGAAAUCUUCUGCUGUUAACUCUACGCUCCGCUAUCACCAACCUGGCAUUACAGGCAGCAAACGCUGCACACUAAGUUAGUGUUGUCUUUAUAUUCACAUACAACCAACUCUGCUUUCUAAAUGAGCAAUAUAUGCUCAUUUUUACAGGCUAUUGUUUUCAAUCACAAAUAAAAUAAUAAAUGCAGCCAAGCAAACAAAUUUGAAACUACAGCAAUAUUUCGUGUGUGUGUGUGUGUGUGUGUGUGUGUGUGUGUGUGUGUGUGUGUGUGUGUGUGUGUGUGUGUGUGUGUGUGUGUGUGUGUGUGUGUGUGUGUGUGUACUUUAGUCUAGUGAUGAUUUGCCACUCAGAGCUUUAAAGUAUCAGAACAAAGACUUCAGUCACAAUAAUGUGUGAUGGAUAAUCACUAUUAGGAAGAGUAAUUGGUUGUAUGAAGAAUGCUCACUUAUGCUGUACCAGGCCUCUGUUGUACUGUAUUUUAUUUUAUUUUUUGAGGUCAUUAACUUAUUCUUUGUUGCAUUUUGUAUUAUUCAAAUGUAUAAGAUUUCAAUAUACAGCAGCUCAGAUACUGUGGUUUUUUUUUUUAAAGGAAAUACUUUCUCCAUACUAUGUGUACGUGUGUGUAUAUAUAUAUGAUUUCUUUUCUUAAACAAAGGCCUGUUUUGUCCUCACAUUUGUAUGAAGAUGUAUUCGUAUAUCUUGUAUAACACGCACUGCAACUAUUUGCACUCAGGAGAGACUUGUAUACUCUGUUUCUUUUUAAUACGUGUGCUUUAACGAGGAAGCGUUUCAUGUCCUUUCAGUCUUUUGUAUCACUUGUUAAAAUUUUGAUGUCAAUAUAAUACAGCAACUUUUACUUCUGCAAAUAAAUUCACAUGGCUUGAUUUGACGAGGAA